AGGAGCAUGGACAUUCGCAACAAUCUGACGCGGCUGAACAUGCUUGAGAACUGCACCGUGAUCGAGGGCCACUUGCAAAUAUUGCUGAUGUUUAAAACCAAGCCUGAGGAUUUCCGCGAGCUCAGCUUUCCCAAACUGACUAUGAUUACAGACUACUUGCUGCUUUUCCGUGUCUAUGGCCUAGAGAGCUUAAAGGGGCUUUUCCCCAACCUCACUGUGAUUCGAGGAACUCACCUGUUCUUCAACUACGCGCUGGUCAUUUUCGAGAUGGUUCACCUGAAGGAGAUCGGCCUCUACAACCUCAUGAACAUAACGCGGGGCGCCGUGCGCAUCGAGAAGAACAACGAGCUCUGCUACCUGUCCACCAUCGACUGGUCGCGGAUUUUGGAUUCCGUGGAAGAUAAUUACAUCGUAGCCAACAAGGACGACAAGGAGGAGUGUGGGGACGUGUGUCCUGGAACUGUGAAGGGGAAAAGCAACUGUCCACCUACUGUAAUAAAUGGCAUUUUCAUUGAACGCUGCUGGACCCACGAUCGCUGCCAGAGAGUUUGCCCACCGGCCUGCAAGUCCCAAGGCUGCACCCCUGAAGGCCAGUGCUGCCACAGCGAAUGUCUCGGGGACUGCACGGAGCCAAACAGCCCGGAGAAGUGCGUGGCUUGCCGCAACUUCUACCUCGACGGCAAAUGCGUGGACACCUGCCCCCCGGGGUACUACCGCUUUGAGGGCUGGCGCUGCGUGACCUUCAGCUUCUGCCAGGAGCUGCACAACAAAUGUAAAAAUGCCCGGGAGUCCGGGUGUCACGUUAUCCACAAUAACGAGUGUGUCCACGAAUGCCCGUCCGGGUACAUCAUGAAUUCCAGCAACUUGCACUGCACUCCCUGUGCAGGACCCUGCCCCAAGGUUUGUGACUAUGGGAAGGAGAAGACCAUCGAUUCGGUGACGUCCGCCCAGGAGCUCCGUGGCUGCACAGUUGUCAAUGGAAGCUUAGUUAUAAAUAUCCGUGGAGGAAAUAACAUAGCAGCUGAGCUAGAAGCAAAUCUUGGCUUGAUUGAAGAAAUCUCAGGUUACCUAAAAAUCCGCCGGUCCUAUGCCUUGGUUUCUCUUUCUUUUUUUCGUAAACUACAUCUGAUUAGAGGAGAAACAUUGGAAGCCGGGAAUUACUCUUUUUAUGCCUUGGACAACCAGAAUCUUCGCCAGCUUUGGGACUGGAGUAAGCACAACCUGACCAUUGCACGAGGCAAACUCUUUUUCCACUACAAUCCCAAGCUGUGCUUGUCAGAAAUCCACAAAAUGGAGGAGAUCUCUGGGACUAAGGGGCGCCAGGAAAGGAAUGACAUAGCCCUGAAGACAAACGGUGACCAAGCGUCAUGUGAAAAUGAAUUGUUGAAAUUUUCUUCUAUUAGAACAUCCCACGACAAGAUCCUGUUGAAGUGGGAGCCGUACUGGCCUCCUGAUUUCCGCGAUCUCCUGGGAUUUAUGCUUUUCUACAAAGAAGCUCCCUACCAAAACGUGACGGAGUUUGAUGGCCAAGAUGCUUGUGGCUCAAACAGCUGGACAGUUGUGGAUGUGGACCCUCCUCCACGGUCAAAUGAGCCCAAAGCCCAGGCCCAGCCAGGCUGGCUUCUGAGAGGCUUGAAGCCAUGGACGCAGUACGCCGUGUUUGUUAAAACCCUGGUCACCUUUUCAGAUGAACGACGGACCUACGGUGCAAAGAGUGAAAUUAUCUACGUCCAGACCAACGCUACUGUUCCUUCAGUCCCAUUAGAUCCAAUAUCCGUUUCUAAUUCUUCAUCCCAAAUCAUUUUGAAAUGGAAGCCCCCGUCCGAGCCCAAUGGAAACAUCACUCACUACCUGGUGUUCUGGCAGCAGCAGGCCGAAGACAGCGAGCUCUACGAGCUGGAUUACUGCCUGAAGGGGUUAAAGCUGCCCUCGAGGACGUGGUCUCCUCCUUUUGAAUCCGAAGACCCUCAGAAAUACAAUCAAAGUGAAAACGAGGAUGUCAGCGGAGAGUGCUGCUCCUGUCCUAAAACAGACUCUCAGAUACAGAAGGAGCUGGAAGAGUCCGCCUUCCGCAAGACCUUUGAGAACUAUCUUCACAAUGAGGUUUUUGUCCCCAGGCCAUCGAGAAAGCGGAGAGACCUUGGCUCCAUGGCAAACGCCACUGUGGUGCUCCCCACCAUCCCAUCCUCUCCCAACGCUUCCGUAGCAGCCUCUGAGAACACCGAUGAGCAGAAACCAUUCGAAAAGGUUAAGUCGAAGGAGUCCUUGGUUAUCUCAGGCCUGAGGCACUUCACGGGGUACCGCAUUGAGCUCCAUGCUUGUAACCACGAUGCUCAGGAGUCCCGGUGCAGCGUCGCAGCCUACGUCAGCGCCAGGACCAUGCCAGAAGCUAAGGCCGAUGACAUCGUGGGUCCAGUUACCCAUGAACUGGUUGAAAAAAACACCGUGCAUUUGAAGUGGCAGGAGCCGAAGGAACCGAACGGCCUCAUCGUGCUCUAUGAAGUGAGCUACGGACGUCUUGGGGAGACAGAGUCCGGCGCCCCCAUCCGAGCCACCUCGCUGGCCGGGAACGGCUCGUGGACAGAACCUGCCUAUUUCUAUGUGGCUGAUUACUUGAAUGCUCAGCCUAAUAUUGCUGUUAUAAUUGUUCCGAUCAUUUUUGCGAUAAUACUUGCUGGAAUUAUUGGAGCUGCUUACGUGCUUGUGAAAAAGAGGCAAACUGAAGGACCAACUGGGCCGCUCUAUGCAUCCUCCAACCCCGAAUACCUCAGCGCCAGUGAUGUUUAUGUCCCGGACGAGUGGGAGGUUCCACGAGACAAGAUCACUCUCCUGCGAGAGCUGGGCCAGGGCUCCUUCGGAAUGGUGUACGAAGGGAUUGCCAAGGACAUAGUGAAGGGAGAGCCAGAGACUCGAGUAGCCGUAAAAACUGUUAAUGAAUCAGCCAGCCUCCGAGAGCGCAUUGAGUUCCUGAACGAAGCUUCUGUGAUGAAAGGGUUCAGCUGCCAUCAUGUGGUUCGCCUCCUCGGGGUUGUCUCCAAGGGGCAACCUACUCUAGUAGUCAUGGAAUUAAUGGCACAUGGAGAUCUGAAAAGCUAUCUUCGCUCUUUGAGACCUGAUGCUGAGAAUAACCCUGGUCGUCCCCCACCAACACUGAGGGAAAUGAUCCAGAUGGCUGCAGAGAUUGCUGACGGGAUGGCCUAUCUGAAUGCUAAAAAAUUUGUCCACAGAGAUCUUGCAGCUCGUAACUGUAUGGUUGCAGAAGACUUCACUGUAAAGAUUGGAGACUUUGGCAUGACCAGAGAUAUCUAUGAGACAGAUUAUUACCGAAAGGGAGGCAAAGGACUGCUGCCAGUGCGGUGGAUGGCACCUGAGUCACUGAAGGAUGGUGUUUUCACUACUUAUUCAGAUGUGUGGUCAUUUGGUGUGGUCCUUUGGGAAAUAAGCAGCUUAGCAGAGCAGCCGUACCAGGGACUCUCCAAUGAACAGGUGCUAAAGUUUGUAAUGGAUGGAGGAUACCUGGAUCAGCCAGACAACUGCCCAGAGAGGCUGCACAGCCUCAUGCAGAUGUGCUGGCAGUACAACCCCAAGAUGCGGCCCACCUUCAUCGAGAUCAUCGAGAUGCUCAAGGAGGACUUGCACCCCAGCUUCCACGAGGUCUCCUUCUUCUACAGCGAGGAGAACAAACCUCUGGAAACGGAGGAGUACGAGAUGGACUUCGAGAACAUGGAGAGCAUUCCGCUCGAUCCCUCCUCGUACUCGCAGAGGGACAAAGCGCUGGGCCGGGACGACGGCCCCUCCAUGGCCCUCAAGGGGAACUACGAAGAGCACAUCCCUUACACUCACAUGAACGGUGGCAAGAAAAACGGGCGGAUUCUCUCCAUGCCCAGGGCAAGCCCUUCCUAACGCUUCCUGUUCGGCCCAAGGGUUGUGUCUGCUUUUUUUCCCCCCUUCACAAAUCUCAGGACUCUUAUUAUUGCUGCCACAGUGUAUGACACACAUCUACAAACUUCAGAUUUUUAAUCAUCUUAUGAUUAAUUUUUUUUUUUUUGCCAAGUUGACUGGUUGUCGGUGGACUUAUCUGUGAACAUAAAUGGAAAAGGUUUCCAUGGCUGCUGUCCCUUGUGUAACCAUGGUUUCAAAACAGGAAGUGACCUUUUAAGUCAAGCUAAAGGAGGAGCAUCCACCUUUGCCAACAGAAGAAGUGAAAUUUGCUGGUAUCUGAGCUACAGUGUAACGGUGCGGAACAAAACUUCUGCGGGACAAAAGCAUUUCCAGGAGAAUUCCAGGCUUUCAGGCAUCCUCUUCACUACAGCCGAAGGAUUGAACACCCAUUGAGACGCGCCAGAUCCUCAGAUUGACCAAUAGCUGCUGCUUUCAUACUUUUUAAAUGGGUUAAAUCCCAAGGGUGCGUGUGUGUGCGUGUGUGUGUGCGUGCGUGUGUGCAGUAUAUAUAUGUGGGGUGUAUAUGUAUAUCAAAAUAUACACUUCUUUUUGUACAUAAGUUUUGUAUGUUCUCACAGAAGCUUUCCUCUUCUCAGAAGUGUGUACUUAUCUUUUUCCCGUUUCCCUGGAGUGACUGAAUCAUAAACAGAUUAUUUUUAUACUAAGGACUCUUGGGAGUAGGUUUUCUCUCAUUGUCAAAUGAGGAAAAUGUGCUGGGAGCCAAAGGAGCAGAAAUCUGAGAUUUAUGGGUACUUUCAAGACCAAACGAGGUAGGAGUCCCCUGACCUGAGAUGCCGAGUUUUCUGUUCUUACAGCAUUGAGUAUAUAUAUUGUUUGUUGUAACAUAUUUAAAAUGUCUUUAGUUUAAAUUUAAACUUCAUAUAAAUUAUUAACUGUUUAUGAUCCUUUCUGGGAGGGUAGAAUUUGGGGGCUUGUUUGGUCUUAAAGUGGUCCAAAGAUUUCGGAAUGAACUAAUUUUAGCCGAUUACCCUUUUAGGAACUAUGAAGCACAUGUUAAGUUUAUACUUGACAAGGCUUUAUAAUACAGUCUCGUGAUUUAUAUAAUGCAGUCAGCUGGCUCCGGUUGAAGCCCUGAGAUAAAGUAGUUGGGACUUACGUGGUUGUCGGGGGCUCAAGGACACCGGGAUGUCCCUGUCCCAAGUCCUGCUGCUUCCCGGCCCC